GAAGCCCAAGAAUCUCAAAUCUCAUCCCUCUCAUCGAGGUUUCUCAACCCGCUUUUGCCUCGACAGCCAUGCACCUGAAAGCUGUACACGAAACUCUUGAAGCCAAGGGCGUGGUUCAAUUGCAGCUUGGCUUCGAGGAUGUGGAAAGCAAAUAUCUCCAGAACAUCAUUACGAACCUCCAUCUAGCCUAUAAUCAUGGUCUUCCAGUCACGCACAGCGCUGAGCGUGGCUGGUUUUGGGAUGUGCGGCCUUCGCCGGCGAGCUUUCAAAGUCAAGGGUACCAAGCUCGAUCUGAGACAAUGUCCCGGUUUGAAUGGCACACAGACUGCAGUUACGAGGUCAAUCCACCGCGCUACUUUGCUCUCCAGAUCCUUCAGCCAGAUCGCUGUGGCGGUGGCACGUUAUCGGUGCUGAAUGUCGAUCGACUCCUCACCUUGCUCUCCCCUUUCGCGCAAAAGUGGCUCUCCAGUCGCAAUUACAAAAUAAUUGUCCCUCCUGAGUUCGCAAAAACUUCAGGAGAGCAGCAUAUUAUUGGUAAUCUGCUCGCGAUGAACCCCGGAAAAAAUUAUGGCAGCCAAUUGCGGUUCCGUGACGACAUCACUGUGCCCUUGACUCAGAAUGCCGCCCAGGCAUUGGAAGAGCUGAAAAGGAUUUUGUAUGGGAAUAAGACUCAGGUAGAGGCUCUUAAUCUGGCACCGCAUAGCCUUCCUCAAGGCUCGAUCAUCAUGAUGGAUAAUCGGCGAUGGUUGCAUUCACGCAAUGAUGUCAAAGAUCCAAACCGACACCUUCGGCGAGUCCGAUGGGAUGCGGCAUCAUUUGGCCCCUGCAGUCCACUGAGCAACUGGUCCUCUUCAUGGCCUGCGGGGUCUUUGAACGCAUCAUGUCCCCAUCCAGUAUUGAUCACUCAGCGGCACCACGACGAGCUGAGUAACUUACACUUUGCGUUGAACCUCGCUCUUGAGGAUAUAAUUCAGCGAUGGUGGACGGAUGAAGAAGCCCAAUUUCCCCAGAGAAUGCCGUUAGAACCGGAGGAAGAAGAACUAUUGCGCUGGAUCGACUCCAGUCCGGAACUUUUCCGACCCUGGAACGAACGCCAAGGGUCAUGGAGACCGGACUUUUUGAUUGAGAUUGACGACGCUGGUGUGGAAGUAUUUCGCAUUUGUGAAAUCAAUGCGAGGUUCUGCUGGAAUGGAUACAUGCAUGGUGGUUUUGGUCAAGAAUCACUUUCGGCAUUCAAUCUUGAGUCUCGCAAUCUAGUCCAUGCCGCCCAAGCAGAAUCGAUUGUUGGCGGAUUGUUGAGUCUUUUUGAUAUAAAGCUUCCUCUGCACCUUGUGAAAGGCCAAGAGCACGGAAUUGACAUCUUCAUGUUUAUUGAGUUUGCGAAAAGACGGCUUGGUCUCAAGCCACGACUCAUAACUCCGGAUACGCUCCGACUCAUCGCAGAUUCUUCUGGGAAAAUGGGGUACAAGUUGUAUUGCCUCGCAGAGCCAGAUGCUAUUGAUACAAUAACGACCGAGUCUGGAGAGAAGAUGGAAGAAGUUCACCAACUUUGUCUAGAGCUUCACCAGUGGGAAUUGAACAAACUUGAUCCCAAUAUGAAACGCCAAAUCAGCAUGCGGUGUUUUAAUGAUAUGAGAAGUAUUCUGCUAGCCCAUGACAAGAGAAUGCUGGGAAUCGUGCAUGAAGAACUCGGGUCUCUCGUCUCGAGAAAAGUCAUUUCUCCCGAGCAGGCCGAAUGGCUCAACCGAGGAAUAGCACCCACGGUUCUGCCGGGCUGUGCUGCACUUGAUCAACUCAUCAAGGAUUGUAAAUCGUCGGAAGUAAUGCAAGAAAAAUAUCUUCUGAAGCCGAUUCGGGGUGGAAAAGGUGCUGGCAUCUUGUUUGGCGAUGAAGUCAGCCAUUGCGAUUGGAUAACCAUCCUGGAGUCUAUGCGAUAUCCAAAGCUCAGCCGGGGGAAGACUCUCUACGUUGUUCAGCGCAAAGUGAAUCAGCCAUACUAUGAUGUCCUAUUGGGGCCAGAGCUGAAGACGGCACGCUGUCAUAUGGUUGGAACCUAUCAUGCUGUCAAUGGAGAAUAUCUCGGACUGGGUACCUGGCGGUGUAGUCCCGGCAGGCUAUGUGCUGUGUCCGAUGGGGCGACCUGGAUCUGCUCCGUGAAGCACAAAGUAUAG